CCACACCCAUCACAGCAGCGAAUAGAAAGAAUGUUAUCUGCAAUAACAUUCUUUCAAAUAGCAAAAAGAAAAGAAGAGAAAGCGAGAAUAAAAUGAUCGCUAACAAAAACGGUCGUUAAUUUUGCAUCAACCCAAUAGUUCCGUUCUAUUAGUCAUAUACAUGAGACUAGAACAUUAAGACAACAGAUUCUAGAAACCUCAGAGUUUUCUUACAGGUGACAUUGAAAUUCGCGUACGUGAAAAGGGUGUGAGCGUGGUUGGGGGGUUCUCUUCACCAAUACCCCACAUCCACACCCAAACCCUAAAGUUUUUUUUCUGAUACGAUUGCUUGCACAAAAUUAAUAGUUUUCUUUUCUGAAUCGAAUUGACCACAUAGAUUUAUAAAGAUGAUAUGAGCUCCUCAACUGUCAUAUAGAAGAAUUUGGCUACAGUGAAUAAAGCAAUAAGGAUGGGGUCUGGGUAUGAGCUUUGAUGUAGUUCUUCUAUUAAGCAUCCCACCACCCACUCACCCACACCCAUACCCUCUUCAUUCUAUUGAUACAGAUUUUGAUAAGAUUGUAGAGAAACCUCUCGAUUAAUUAUUUUCAGAUUGAUUUCGUAUAUCCUGAUUGAAAUUGUUAACUUUAUAUAUAUGCAUAAAGAUCAAUGCAGGUUUGAUUUAUGAUUAAUGCUUCUUGUAACCUUGAUUUACACGAUAACAGCGUUAUCUUUUCUCGUUAAAUAAUAGAAAUACAAAAAGUUCUUUUUUUUCAUCGUCUACUGUAUUUAUAAAGGAAAGCUUUUUUUCGUUUUGGCUUGUGAUUUUGUUAGAACGAUCAUGGGACGAGAAAGGUUUGUCAAUGUUUUAUAUAUUUCAUAGUUGACGUUUUCUUACAAACAAUAUUGUGAAUAGAAAUCAUUUACAAGAUUAUCACUGGAUAUUUAAUAUCAUUGUUCGAUUCUCUCUUCAGUAGUCUAUGGGGCUGAAAUAACCAUAAAAAUGUUCGCCCUCGAGAUGUUUCCUAAUAUGUAUUUAGAAAGACAACAUUUGAAAAUAAAUUUAAAAAAAACAUAAAUUUCAAUAUUCGAAACGCAUAGCUCUGGUCUGUAUCUCGCUGCUUGAUGCUUAUCCUCUCGACUCAAGGGAGGGUCAUAUGAAAUAAAAAGAGUUUGUGAUCUGGCAGUCAAUGAAAGAGUAACGCAUUCAGAUAUGUUAACGUGAUUGCAGGUUCGAUAAUCUGAGUAACAUCAAAUAUAUAUGAAGGUUUUUGAGACCACUGGUUCAGUCAAUUACAUAUGUUCGGUGUUCGGCUAUGAGCCUGUCAAGCUUUCUUCAACUAGCAGUAAUUUCAUGUUUUCCCAUUUCUUUCCUUACUAACUGGUGUGGUUAGAAAGGAUUGAUGUGUAAUUGGCAUAUUUUCUGUGAUACUAAUGUGCACUCAGUGAUAUUUUUAGAUGGUGUGCGCUUGACCUUAGCUGAUGAGUUGCAGCAGAUCAGCUUUAUUGUAAGUUGUCUUAUCUAGAUGUGGUUAUCGAAGUAGAUAUGUGCCAGAAAAAAAUGUAACGCGUAGAAUUGCAUUCACGCAAAAACCCAUUUAGAGUCCCACCAAAAUUCGCAUUCACGCCGACAAGUACUUCUGAAACUCAAAGCCUAGUUUUAGUCGAUCCGACGUUAUCGGUAUUUAAGUCUACACGCAUUAUAUUUUUUUCUGGCUAAGUAUUCAAUUAUUCGCAUAUUUUUUCAGGAGUUCUGGCUCGUGGAAUUUCUAUAGUAACUGUAACUCGAAUAAGUUAAUAUAAAAAAUAUAUUUGUAAAUGAGAUCACAUCUUUUAAGGUAAAUCGAGUAUAACCAACUACUGUUGCAAUGUAUUCAAAUAAUGGAGCGACUAGCCGUGAGUUGCGCCUCGGAGGAGCUCCCACGAACGACUAGUUACUGAUAUUGCAAGUACACUGUAGAUUCGCUUCAGAAAAGAUCUAUGUAAAAGCUAGUUCUUUGAGAAUACUGAACUAAGAUUCCCUUAAUGAGAAAUUCUAGUAAAAACUUCAACUUUUCAGCUAGACAAUUAGGUUGAAGAAAUAAGAAAUAGUUCAUAAGAAAGAGUCAGUUUGGCACUGUCCAUUGAGAAUUCUCAUGUUACAAAUCUAACGAUUUUUCCAAGUAAGAGCAGACUGGAAUUUGAUAGAUUGUAAAUCAAAGAGAAUGAUCGGAUGAAUAAAGAGAAUUACACAUGGCAGCGACUAGCCGCUGCUAUGGGCAAUUUUCUGAAGGAACACAUCAGGCUGUUAGGAUCCAUCAAGAAAAUGUCAACGGUCUAGAUCUGAUCAGUUUCAAUAGGAACCAGAAGUCUCAAAAAAAAAAAAAGUAAGAAACAUUUUCAAAUAACGUAUGAGAACAGCUUUUCUGCACGGGCACACUAUCUGAACAGUACAUUGGACGGAAAAUAUCACUCAAAGAAUUUAUAGUCACUCUAUCGGAAGCAAAAUUGAAUGAAAUAAAAUGAGUUUUUCUGUUGGUAUGUGUCCUUGUCUGUGUUCAUUCACAUAUCAAAAUGCAUUCGAAUAUAUUCAAAUUACCUGUCUAAGCUGAUGACCACUCUGAAUAGAAACAUUACUAAAGUGGCGCAUGCCGAUUACAGAUUAGAUCUAGUAUGAUUUAUUUUAAGCUAGAAGUUCAACUGAAAUCGUAUUUUUCUAGUGGACGCUCGAGCAAACGACAGUGUCAGUUGAUGUGCUAGUAAGCAUACGGACUUUUAGCAGAGUUUUCAAGGAGUAUGAGGCGUUUUCAUAUUAGUGUCGCGGAUGUGUUUUGCUUCGUGACCCUCUCAGUAAAUUGAAUAUAAUAUGCUUUUUCGGGUGCGUGUGGAUACUGUUACUGUAGUGUAGUUCAUUUAGAUUUCGGUUGGGUAUUAAUGUGUGGGUUUCAGUUUGAUUAGAUCAAUUUAUGACAAAAAUCCUCAUACGAGCACGCAUACCAUUGUGCAUAGCGAGACUGACACCAGUAUUAACAUCCACACACAUAUACCCUUUUUCAAACUUUGGAUAAUAGCUUUGUUGAAAGCUGCAAAGAAUAUGGAUGCAACGGUGACGGUAACUGUAGGUACAGUUAUCGUAGUAGGAUCCGUAACCGUACCUACGGUUAUCAGUUUGGAACGGUGAAUGAUCGUCACCGUUGCAUUACUAGCAAAGAAGCAUAAAAUAUCGAAAAAGCCGAAUAUUCAGUCGAGGAUUAAGCGAGUCACACGGAUGAGCGUUACUUGUUAAUAUAGGCUAAGAAAAAGAAAAUAUAUCAUUACAUAUUUUCUGAUUAAAACAAAGAAGAAAACAAUAGAAAACUAUCGGCUGUUACUUUUGACAUGUUACACUGAAAAAAUUUUACACGAGACCGCGGUAUCGGAUAUGGUUGGGAUUGUUCGAACUCUUACAGAUCUCAGCAGUGGCGUAGCGAGGAAGUUUUGAGUAUUGAUCAAUUUCUCAACUAAACUCUUUUAAGACUUGGACAGCCAUGAGCAAUUGAAAAGCAAAUGGGCUACAGUUUUUCCAAGCUUCUUAUCUUUCCAAAGCUGAUAUCUAUUGAAAAGAAAAGUCAACAACCUUCAAGCAACAGACGAGCGUAUUCGUUGUUCUUGUAUUACUUGACAAGGGUAUUUUUCAACUUUAAAGUGUCUUAUCAUCACUUGUGUGAAAAUACCACGAUAGCCAUAUUUUUAAGGAGCACCACAGGUGGAUAUCUGGCUUCGAAGCCCAAGAGGUAAAGGGUUUUUCCUGCCAGUUUUUCUCUAACUAAAUUUUCUCAAGAAAAUGCCGCGCAGCGAAUUGGUUUUUCAUUUUCUUGAAAUUUACAGUUUCGUGACAACAAGUUGAUCGUAUCAGACUUACGGACUGAGCAUCUGUUGAGGUCAGCAUGCAGUCGAAGGAAGUGCAUUUUUAGAAUAGAACAAAAUGUUUUAUUGGACAAAUCUAGAAUUCAUUGAAUGGAAAUUCGAUUUUUCGGAUGUUAACAGUAAAAUGUCACCUACUUGAUUAGAUACUCAGCCGUUGAAAGCGACUACGCUUUCAGUUUCUCGCUGAAAAAUGGAUUGUUGAUGGACCGAAAUGUAAUUCGUUCCCUUGCUCAAGAACGGUUAAAAAACGUGGAAACAUACACUAUUUUGAAAGUCGAAAUAAAGAGAAAAUUAAUCAAAUUAAAGAAUUAUUGAAAAAUCUUAUUUGCGAAACGAAAAUAUUUCAAACUUGGAACAAAACUGUACUUGAAUAAAUGGUAUGUUAAGAAAUUUCCCCUAACUCUUCGUUGUUGCCCUCAUUUUGGAACUUCAUUGUUGUCCUGAGGUUCACAUGGAUUCACUCAUAGGAAAUUACAAAAAACGGUACUUUUGUUUUACUCAAGCCAUUCAUUUAUGUUUUAUAGGUCUCUAAAUACUCCAUCAUAAAGGUUGACAUGCCAGUUUCUAUGAUGGCAACAUGAAGAUAUGAAAUAUCGAUAAAAAGAUUGUCUGAAACUGUUUUCAUAACAACAUUGAAAUACAACGGAAAAUAAUCAUAGAUUCAAUCACUUUAGUCCAGAGCGGCAGAGAUACUCUGAUAUGUUGACAUAUACAAUCGUCUAUGGUUAAGAACGAGAGAAAUUGUUAUGGUUAAUUAUCUUUAUUUUUAUAUUUUUCUCUUUUUUUCAUGAUUAAAAAUCGUAUAGAAUUAUAGUUUCUCUAACCUAAGGAUGGAGUUUUUCUCAUUUAAGUUACAUUGCUGAAUGCGAAGUUCUUUCUAGUUCUUUUCUUCACAUGUCUAGCAAUUUGCUAUUGUUAUGUUGCUAGACGAGAAAGACAGACAUUCUUUUUUACAAUUAUAACAAGUUUGUUGAACUUUCUAUCCAGAUUAUGCUGGAUACAAAUAACAUCUUCUGUCUGAUCAGUUCAAAUGGAUGAAUUCACACUAAGAUCUUCGAUGCACUUCGGACGAAGAUGAUAGAUGAGAGGCUUUAGAGUAACCUUGGCUUUUGGUAUUAAACGAGAUUCUUGGCUCUGAUAUUGAUUUUGUCAGCCUGUCAAAGCUAUACUAAAUUGUGAUAAAAACAUAAGUCGAGUAUUUGUUCUUCUCAUAUCCGAUGUAGGAUUUUGACGUACACCUCCGAACAAAAGUCUUUUCUCCCUUUUUUUUUAAUAGUAUCCUACUUUGCAUCAGAUUUAUUACCGAGUAGAUAUAUGACAUGAAAGUUUUAUUACAAUGCGAUCCGUACACCAUACUGAAAUAAAACUCUCAUGUCAUAUAUCCAUUCGGUAAUAAAUCUGAUGCAAAGUAGAAUACGAUAAAAAUAAAGAGGGAGGAAAGAUUUUGAUGCGGGGAUGUAAUUAAAAUGCCAUAGUUUUCGUGAAAAAACAAUUAGGAGACAACAGAUGCCAGCUUCAGCAAGACGAAGCAUGAUGCCUAUAACCAGGCCCGGCGCAAGGGGAGUGUACGGGUGUGUACGCCUCCACAAAAAUCAAAAAUUUUCAGUUUUUUCCGACCGCAAGAGCAGAUUUUGUCUACAUUUUAUGAUUUUUCUGCAAGAUUUGUCUGAAAAUACUCCCUUACACCCCCCUAAUAUUUGAUCCUUUGCGCGGGCCCAGCCUAUAACAUCGUUGUUGUUGUAGGAUCCAUCUAGAUUCACAGCUAAUCUUUUUCCUUCUAAGAUCUAUGCAUGACUUUUAGUAAGGACAUUAUGCACCAUCAAAAGACUAGAGGUUAGAGAAGGAGAAUGAUCCGAAACGACAAAUGUUAAUAUAAUACUACACGAAAAACUAAAGUGGGUCCAUUUGGGCCCCACGCCAACAACGAAGGCUUAGGCAGUUUAUAGUUCAAUUGUUAAAGGACAGCCUCCUACCAUCAAUUCUAGAGGUAGGGUGAGAGUGAAUUCCUAAUUAUCCUUCCUUCCAUUUUUAUGCCUCGACAGUGAUGCCGAGCUUUAGUUUAGUCUGCCCUGUUUCGUCGGACAGCGGCAAGAGCCACUCCGCAUUUUUAUAGCUCUAAUGUUUAGUUAUUUAUGAAUCCCUCAAAUUACGAAUUACCAUUUGAUUUGCCACUGUUGGCAAUCGCUAACUUGUAUUUUCAAAGCACUUUCAUUCGUCCAUUGGAUCGAAUUUCAUUCAGAAUUUUGUAUGUAGCUCAUUGGAUUUUUAGAUUUCUAUGUUGUGAUAUUCAUGUCAUCGCUUACAUUUCUAAAAUGUUUAGUUCAAAGUACUGCAGCCGUUGCCAUUCGAUAUAGUUUGAUGUGCAUUAAAAGACCGCUAAACAUUCAUCCAUGUUCUUUUAAAAAUGCAUUUGAUAGUAUAAGAAUUAGUGCUUUCACUAAAAUAUCAGUGAUAUGCCAUCAUUGUGAUCAUCGUUUAAUGGAAAAGAUCGUCGAACGAUCGUUUUUGACUAAUUGGCCAGACCACAACAAGAGAUAAUCUAUUAGAAUUUCAUCACGAAAGUCUCCGAACUUACAUGUUCAUAGAAAAUUUUUGUCAUUGGGCAGUUAGUAUCCUCUCAAAAAUAUCAUUAGGCAAUGACCAUUGGAGCAUUAGACAAUUGCCCAAUCGCCCACCCCUGGCUAUGCCACUGGAUCUCAGUGCGGGCGUGAGUGUCAGUUUGACUGUGACGAAAAGAGUACCAACACCCACACCCUUUUCUACAGUUCUUAAAAACCGAAUAAAUGACCUGCCUACAGUGAUAAAAAAAAUCGAAUAAAACUGUGGGCUCAACAGCUACGUGUUAUCAUGGUUCUUCUUUAAUAGUUUUCCAUGUGGUCUAACGAGUUGUUUUGUGAUAGUCAUCAUCCGAAAAUGUAAAUAUGCUAUACUCAUCAAUAGAAAUUUGUGACGAAAUUAUUCAUUAUAUCCAAGAUUUAAAAUAAAUUGCUGUUGUUUUUCUUUUGUUUGAAUAAAAUAUAGAAAGAUAAUAUAUAUAUUAACUACUCUUCUGGGAGUAUUUUUUGUAUUAACCAUUGUAUUUGUUGCUUUAUAUGGAGUUCAAAGGAAUCAACCAUCACCUAUUGUAGGAGAAGAAAAUGACUUAUGUGAAACACCAUAUUGUAUUAGAGCAGCAAAUUAUCUACUUGAAAGUAUUGACAACAGUGUUGAACCAUGUGACAAUUUCUUUCAAUUUGCUUGUGGUGCAUGGCUAAAGAAUCAUCGAAUUCCUGAUGAUGCUGGAUCUCUAGGCACAUUUGACAAUCUACGAAAUCAAUUAGAUAGCGAUGUUGUUGGUAAAUAUGAACGAUAG